UCUCUCAUGACUCAACUCUUAACUGUCAUGCAAGUCAGUCCAGGCCAAAUCAUGCCACUUGUUUGGCGUGUAGUUCAUGUAAUUGACAAAUUGGCCCAAGACUCGAAUGUGGACUUCACCCUAGAAGACCUUCUAUACAUGUAUGACAUUAAAAGAGUAGAGGUGUCUAGGUAUACUUUUUUCUUAAAACCAGGAAAACCAUCUUUGGUAGAAAAUUCUGGGGCUAAUGACAGGGGAUGGAAGAAAAGAUACUUUUUUGUAGAGAAGAAUUCUUUGGGGAAGAGCUUUGAAUACUUACGUGACGGAUGGAAUUCCGAAGAAAUCCUACCUCUGCCCGUCGAGGAUUCGUCUCUUAGCAAAGCCAAAAUCAACCAACUUCUCCAGAAAUACUCCCCCAAAGAAAGAACAUUCCGCAACAAUUUGAACUAACGUCGUCAGAAGGAGACGUCUUGCCCCAAUCAACAGAAGAACACACAACCAACACCAGUCCCUCUAUGGCGUCAG